GUCACCAUCAGCUGUCAUCGGUAGCCGCUGUUACAUUACUGUAAUAGCCGCUGCUGCUGCUGUAAAGCAAGGAAAACAAUAUUCUAACCUCACUAAUCCUGUAGAGAGCUCGGCUCGGCUCGGGUCAUGGACGAGGACGUGCUGACCACCCUGAAGCUGCUGAUCAUCGGAGAGAGCGGUGUGGGGAAGUCCAGCCUCCUCCUCAGGUUCACAGAGGACACUUUUGACCCAGAGCAGUCGGCCACCAUAGGAGUGGACUUCAAAGUAAAGACUCUUGCAAUCGAAGGAAACAAGGCGAAGCUUGCUAUUUGGGACACAGCUGGACAGGAGCGGUUUCGCACUCUGACACCCAGCUACUACCGAGGUGCACAGGGAGUCAUACUGGUUUAUGAUGUUUCAAGACGUGACACAUUUACAAAGCUCGAAAACUGGCUGAACGAACUGGAAACCUACUCAACACGCAACGACAUAGUCAAGAUGCUUGUGGGGAACAAAAUUGAUAAGGACGACCGAGAAGUAGACCGAAACGAGGGCCUGAAGUUCGCCAGGAAACACUCCAUGCUUUUCAUUGAGGCGAGUGCGAAGACCAAAGACGGCGUCCAGUGUGCGUUUGAGGAGCUGGUGGAGAAGAUCCUGCAGACCCCGGGGCUGUGGGAGAGCGAGGGCCAGGGCCAGCGGCUCACGCUGGGGGACCAGGACCAGGGCCGGCGUGGAGCCGCCUGCGGGGGAUACUGCUCCAUCCCUUAAAACUGGAAACAAUACACACAAACAGACAGGAAAACGCCCCCAUAACCUGACAGGGACGACUACGGACCAGAAAUGGAGGGAAAGAGAAGAGAGGACGGGUAGUGGAAGUAUAGAUGAGUGGGUUUUGAUUUUUCUUUUGUUUGUUUUUUCCUUUCGGAUAAAGAAAAGUCCCUUUUGUUUUUUCGAAGGAACAUUGCAGUUUGCACAAACAUUCAACCAUCAUCUCGUGUCACUACUUUCCGUUUAAGAUGAAGAACCCCAGAAGGAAUCUCAAUCAUAGUUGCAGUUUGUAGGUCAGAUUUUGCAGGCUGUUAAAUUGUCGUCACAGCGUUCCAUGAGGAUAAAAACGAAACGGAAAACGCUGUGAAAGCCUCCAAAGAAGACGUUACAAAGGACCCCAGUUACAGCCGUUGAUGGCGCUCCAACGAGCCCACUGUCGUUUAUGUUUGUCCAAACACCAGUCCCAAGUAUUCCUAUUUGCGUUUUUUAAUUAAAAUAUGCCCAUUUAUUCCCUGGAGCUCCACUUUCAGGGCUCAUCGUGACUUUGUGGUCUUGUUCCUCGCGUGUUUGCUCCUUAUUUCAGUCUUCCUGCUGUUCCACACUCUUGAGCACAUUCCCAAGGCCUUUCCCUCCUCGCCGUUUUAUCUCUCUCUCUUGUCUUGUAUUUGUUUCAAAUCACACUUGCUUUUUUCCGCCGUAUCCUUCUGUUUCCGUCAACAGUCGUGCGUCAACUUGAAUCUUGCCUUAAUGCUGAGAGGUGUUUGCUGGUGAAAUAAAACAACCUGAGAUGCGA